AUUUAGUCUAAUUUGAAAACGGUAAAUCUUCACUUUAAUUUUUAUUUAAAAUAUAAAUAAAAAUUCUUUCCUCAUUUUAUUACGUUACACGACCGACGGUUUCCUUUAAGAAUCAACUAAAAUAAAUUUGUCUUUGCUGAACCUUGUUCGUGAGCAGUUUGAAAUACAUAAAGUGUAAAAUAUUUUCAAAAAUGCGUUUAGGAGCUGUUGUACCCAAUUUCGAAUUUGAUUCCACUCACGGAAAACUCAAGUUUUACGACUGGCUUGGAGAUUCGUGGUGCGUUUUGUUUUCUCAUCCUGCUGAUUUUACUCCAGUCUGUACAACUGAAUUAGGUCGCAUAGCUGUUCAUGCACCAGAGUUUAAAAAACGCAAUGUAAAAAUCAUUGCACAUUCGGCUGAUGAACUUCAAUCUCACGUUGAUUGGGUCAAUGACAUCAAGUCAUAUUGUCAAGAUAUUUGUGGAGAAUUUCCAUAUCCUAUUAUUGCUGACCCGGAACGAAAGCUUGCAGUUCAAUUGGAUAUGAUUGAUGAAGCCCAAAUGAAUAAUCCAGAGGUAGCCAAAACGGUUCGUGCGCUUUUUAUCAUCAGUCCCGAUCAUAAGUUGCGUUUGUCAAUGUACUAUCCAAUUUCUACUGGGAGAAAUGUCGACGAAAUUUUACGUUGCAUUGAUUCGCUUCAGUUGGUAGAUAGUAAAAAUGGCAUUAUAGCAACACCAGCGAACUGGACUCCGGGUACCAAAGUAAUGGUUUUGCCAACUGUUACUGAUGAGGAAAUCAAGAAAAACUUCCCGAAAGGACUGGACUUGGUCGAAAUGCCUUCCAAAAGAGUAUACAUCAGAACAACCGAAAAUUAUUAGAUCGUUUCUGUGAAAUCUUUUUGAAAUGAUUAUCGAAUAAUCGUUAAAUUUCAAUAAAGUAAGAUCACUCAUCAAUCAAAUUUUUAAUGUGUAUAUUCAAA